CAGCUAUCCACAGGAAGCAGAGAGCACAAAGCUACAUGAAGUCUACAAUUUGGGGAAAUAUACAGGCAUACAGCGAUGAGAGUCAGGCUGCAAACUCUACUGGCAUGUCUACUGCUGAGCGGUGCAGUAACAUCACAGAGCUCCACCACACCGGUGAUGAGCCUAGUGACACUGAGCUCAACACCCACCAGCUCCAUGCCCACACAUGGGAUUUCAUCAAGUACCCAACCUGCCACGUCAACUGCUACUAUCCCCCAUCUAAAUCCAAACAGUACAUCUCCAUCCACCAGCCAUACAUCUUUCUCCACUGCAGUUACACAAACCCCAGCGUCAGCCAACAAUACAAACUCAACAACUUCAUUCUCCCCCUCAACCCCAUCACCUGACACUGAUCAGACCCCAAAUGUGACCCAUGUGACGAGCACCACCAACAGCACCUCCCCUACAACCACCAUCACCAGCAACAGCACCUCCCCUACAAUCACCGGCAACAGCACCUCCCCUACAACCACCGGCAACAGCACCUCCCCUACAACCACCGGCAACAGUACCUCCCCUACAACCACCGGCAACAGCACCUCCCCUACAACCACCGGCAACAGCACCUCCCCUACAACCACCGGCAACAGCACCUCCCCUACAAUCACCGGCAACAGCACCUCUCCUACAACCACCGGCAACAGCACCUCCCCUACAAUCACCGGCAACAGCACCUCCCCUACAAUCACCGGCAACAGCACCUCCCCUACAACCACCGGCAACAGUACCUCACCUACAACCACCAGCAACAGUACGUUCCCUGCAACCACCAUCACCAGCAACAGCACCUCCCCUACAAUCACCAGCAACAGUACCUCACCUACAACCACCAGCAACAGUACGUUCCCUGCAACCACCAUCAUCAGCAACAGUACCUCACCUACAACCACCAUCACCAGCGACACUACCUCACCGACAACCACCAUCACCAACAACUGUACCUCAUCUACAACCACCAUCACCAGCAACAGUACCUCACCUAUCACCACCAUCACUACCAUUUCUCCCAAUAUAGCCCACACCACCGCACUGGAUCAGGAGGGACACAAGUCCAAAGUUCUGAGCUCAGAUCAGACCCCAAAGGUGGCUGUUAUGACAAGGGACAAGAGCAUAAGAGCCGUAACCAUCAACAACAGCAGCCUCAGCACCAUCCAAAUCCACAGUACCAUCAAAGCCAUCCAGACUACCAGUGCACCCACCACCUCUCCCAGUAUAACCCACAUGACCGCGCUGGAUCAGGAGGGACAUAAGUCCAAAGCUCUGAGCUCAGGUCUACUGCUGAGCCAUGCAGUAACAUCACAGAGCCCCACCACAGAGUUACCAGUGUUAACUUCACUGAGCCCAGCACCCAACAAUUCCCAAUCAAGGAUCCAACCUGGCACGUCAGCUGCACCUGGCACCCAUCUAAACCCCAGGGGUGGUACAACUCCAUCCACCUACCACCUACACACCAUAAAAGCCAUCCAGGCUGCCAGUGCACCCAACACCACCUCUCCCAGGACAAUCCAUGGCACUGCAUUGGAUCACAGCUCAGGGUACCUGAGCCCAGGAAAUAUUGUAACCAUCAUUUUUGUGUUCAUUGAAAUUGUCAUCAUAAUUGGGCUGUUCUUCCUCAAGACCCGGCAGCGAGACAAGGCCCAAGGCUUAACGAACACUGAAGUCAAUGAAACCCCCUGCUGAAGUGACCCCGUUCAGCUGCGCCGGAUCAGCUGAUCUUGACAAAGAGACUUCAUCAAGGAGAGAACGCAUUACACCUUGUUCUCCAACUGCGUCAACUCUGAUGCUUUUCCCCUCCAACGUUUGCGUUAGCUUGCUGCAACUGCCAGACGAAUGAACAACUUAUUGUUUGUCAGCUGUGUUGUUGUAGGACUGCCGUGUCCUAUGUUUGUUGAGCGGCGAACAGGGUCUGUUGUUAGCUUAUUUGUUUAAUUGCACUCAGUGCUUCGUGGCUGCUAACACGUGCUAACAUACGCUUUUAUACUUCCAUAGCCACGUGAGUGUAGCGAUAGCAUAGUAGCAUAACCUAGGUUUGGCCUGACGCCAUCUUCUUGCUGGGUACACGUGUCAGACCACACUGUUCCCCUUUUGUUCCUCGCUCUCUCCAUUCAAACCUCUCAUUUAAGCCAGCCAUCUUGAGCUCAGCGAUUUGACGUCACUCAUAUGAUUUCUUCCACCAUCUUCGCCUCUCUCUUUCUCUCUCUCUCUCUCUCUCUCUCUCCCCCACACACACACAUACACCCCACAUGUGCCAGUUUGCUUUUGUGCUUGUUGUUUUAGCUGUUUAUUACUGAUCUUUAUUAAUCUGAAGUAGUGUUGAUUGUGAAUUAAUAUUGCUCUUCAUAAAUAAAUUCUGUUUUAGUUUAA